UUUGGACUUUCAGUUAGCGCGGUGACGGCAGCUGAGUCGUUCGAUGGCGUUUUGCACGUGAGACUUACGUUAAAAUAACACUUUAUAGUUUAUUUUGAUAAAAUAAUUUUUAAAUAAUAAAAUUGUACUUUAGUCGUAAAUAUUAAAAAGAAAAAUCAUCAUUUUCCCUAUAAAACACCAAACUUAUCUACACAAACGGAGCUGUCGUAUAACAAACAAUAAAAUAAUUUCGACAGUAGAAAUUAGCAUUAUAACAGCUAGGCCACGGUGUCAAGCCGUCAAGUUCUGAAAAUAAAGAAUUCGAUUAUUUCGAAUUAAUAUUCUACUUUGGAUAACAAUCAACUACAGUAUGGAUUACAUAAGAGAAUUUGACAUAAGGUUAGACAAAGAAAUGUUUUACGCAGGAGAAAUUUUGGAAGGCCACGUGGUUCUAGACACAAUUGAAAAUUUCAAAUUGAAAACGGUUAGAAUCGUCCUCAGAGGCAAAGCCCACGCAGAAUGGCAAGUGUUGGUUAGCGGAGAUCGUUCAGCUAUAAAAGACGAUCAAUACUUCAUCGACAAUCGAUCGCUAAUCUUCGGAAAAGUAGACCGGCAAGACGGUCCCGCUCCAAUCCUGCCGCGUGGAAUUCACCACUUCCCGUUCAAGUUUCAACUUCCUCAAAGCUCGCUGCCGUGUUCAUUCGAGAGCAAACCUGGAUACGUCAGAUACUACAUCAAGGUCACCCUCGACAUACCGUACGCGUCGCCUCCGCAAGGCAUGAAGUACUUCACCAUCAUAGGACCACACAUUGACUGCAUGGACGAUCAAUAUCUGAAACCCAUAGGUGCAUUGGAAAAACGGACUAAAUGCUGUUUAUGCUGCAAAAGCAAUAAAGUAGUAUUGCAGUGCUUACUAGAAAGGUCAGCAUAUGUGUGCGGCGAGGCGCUAAGACUAAAAGCCAACAUAAAAAACCAAAAUGAAAAGGACAUCAGACUUAAAGUCAGAUUACUGCAGAACGUACAUUAUUCGGUAGAACGCGGCAUGCUAGGCGUUCAAAACCAAAAAGACGUCCAACACUCUGUGUUGGAGUACAUCGGCGAACCGAUACACACUGGAUGUGAAUCGCAAUGGGAUUCAGCCGACGGCCUGGUCCUGCCAGUGAUGCCACCUACAUUGAUCGGCAACUGCAGGCUGCUACAAAUAUAUUACUUACUCAAGGUCUGCGUGGAUUUGGGAAAAGGAGACGAAGACCUCAACAUAACGUUCCCAAUAACAAUAGCCACUGUGCCAUUCAGGAUACCAAACUGUAACAAGACUCCUCAAAUAUUUUAUAGUGUCGCGUGCGAUCACGUGGAGGGCGGUAGGUACAUUGGUCCGGAGUUUUUGUUAGGCGGUCAUGUUUACGACGGGUCGCAGACCGAACAGAUCGUCCUGUACCGGCCAGUGUACGUGAGCGUACGUCACCCGAACUGCAACUCGACGUCGGCGGCUGUGACGACAGCGACAUCGACGACGACAACGACGACGACGACGACCGCGUGAACGAAUGCAAAUUCGACGGCGGUGCAUUUACCUAUGAUUUCUAUUUUAUUGUUAUGUUUAUUGUAGUUUAUUAUUUCUCCGGUCCGACAGUUGUUUACGUAGUUCAAAAAUCGAAAAACGAUAGUGCAAUAUUUCAAUUAUAAUUUGUUAAUCGAACUUAAAGCCUUUUGGAUUUCGAACUUGCGGCACACGCAUAUGACACGCGCAGGUAAUAUACCUAUCGAUAUUUUAAAAUUCAAAAAAGUGUUAACUACAAUUACGAUAUAAAUGUAUUUGGUAUAAAUUAGGUAGAUAAACGAUUUUUUUGUUAAAUAAUAUCUCUUUUUGAAAAUAGCCUUAAUUAGCAGUGGGGGGGACUAAAACUGUUAGUAAUUAAAUUAUUUUACAAGAUGCAUCUAUUUACUAUAUUCGAUUUGAUUUUGCAUUAAACAUUUUUAGAAAUUAUUUACAUUACUGCAGUCAUAGAAAAUUGGGGUGUCUAAAAUGGAUUUUAGGAUACAAUUGUUACCUAUUUAGUCGUAUCGCAGACUAAAAUAAAUUACUUAGCACUGUUAUAUUACCUAUUGGUUUGAUUGACGCACAUACAAGAUUAUAUAUAUUUAUUAUAUUUUAUCAUGAGUAUUUAUAAAUUUAUAGUUAUUUGUAUAUUAUCAAACAAAUUUUACCAAAAGUCAAGAAUAUAUUAUUAUAUUAAUAAAAUAUUAUGCUGACCCCUUACGAUUCUUAUUUCGUGAAUUUACAUUAAUGAUUGUUUAAAUCUGACGUGGACAAACCAAAAAUAGUACAUCAUUUUUUGUGUUCCUAUACAACUAAGUCAAUUGAAUUCAAAUAUACCAACAAAAUGUGUUAUUAUUGGUACAUGCAGCACGAUUGACCAUUUUUACUUAUUCGGCAUUCAAUUUAUUCAAAAUCCAUACACUUUUAAGCACUCGAUAUUGACGAUUUUCUAAAAAAAUAUACGUUUGGGUUUUAGACAUUAAAAUGAAAGAAGUAUAUAAACCAUGUAUGGCAUAAACAAAUUUAUAAAUAUAUUACACUAUAAAUCUAUAAUAGUGCUUUUUUGGCUUGAUAAAGACCUAUAUUAUUCAAGUCGUUUAUUGCCACCACUCCAUUUGACUCUGACAAUCAGUAUAGCGUACUUAUGAUUUCUUCGAGGGGGGGAAGAUAUGACUAAAAUUGUCGAUGCCAAAUGUCCCAGCAUUUUAUUACUAACAGAUAAAGUGAUAAAUGAAAAAACACAACUGUAACCAUAGAAAUAUAAGACAAAAAAAGUGGGUCAAGAAGAGAAAUAUAUCUCUCUAAUCUCCUCCCGUAAAUACGUCACUGCCGAUAAUAACUAUCUUUUCACCAUUAUGAAUAACAACAUUAUGGACUCUGUCCGCCCAUCCAUUGUCUUAGACGACAUAGUGGUCUUUUGCUUUCCGGUAUCCAUUUGGUUACUAAUCCGAUUACCAGUUUCCGAUUCUAAAAUACAUGUUCCACCAAAAUUAUCCUUUUGCUUUUCAUUGUUACCGUUCUGUGAUUUUGUCCAUCCGAAUCAUUUAACUAUAUUAGAUUUACCAUACCUACCCAUUACUUUUUCGUUCGUAUUGUACCAUUUGUACCACAUUCUAGUUUCUUUUAGAAUCAAUGAUUUUCAGUAUAAUAUUAAGUUACUAUAAAAAUUUGUAUGAUAAUUCAAAUACCUAUAUGAAAAAUGUAUUACAUCAAAUUUGUAUAACAAUCAAUAAAAUAAUAAUAAAAAAUACUAUACGUAUAAUAGAUAGCUAAAAUAUUAUCUGGAAUUAAGGGCUGAUUUUCGAUAUUAUCUGUCAGUCCGCCAUAAUUAAUAUUAUCGUAAUAGGUCGAGUUUCAGUCACUGUUACGGUAGAUACGGCUGAUACGAGGCGUUUUUCGAAUUAGGUACAUCGUACGACGAGACGUUGGCAACACACGCUCACGGCUUCACAGUUUUAAUCGCGUUCAUAAAUCAUGAAUUCUAACUUAUAAACUUAUAUUAUUUAAUUUACAUACAAAAUGUAUAAACUACUUUACAAUUUACGUACAUAAAAACUUACAAAUUUAGAGUGUAGACUAUAGUGCCCAAACGGUCAAACGUACUGUGUUGAGGCCUUGAGGGAUGAGAUGACCAAACGUGUUAGAGCCGUUGUUAAAUAUUGCUAAUUUUAAUAGAAUCUUUGAAACGUUCUACCUGUGUGCCAAUGUAUUUAAAUGAAAUUAAUUGUACCAGUAUUAUAAGUAUUAUAAUUUCAGUUAAACGCCAUCACUGCAAUACGUGUGUUGUCGAAAAAAAUAACAUUUCUUUGUUUAUUAUUAGUCAAUUAAAACAUUUUUAGUUCACGUAAAAUCUAUAAAAAGGUAUACCUAUAAACCAUUCUUACAAGCCCCAAAAAAAUGCAGCAAUAAUAAAAAUGUGAAAUUCUAAAUUUUUUAGAAUACAUUUUUGAGUGUAUGUGUACGAAUAAUAAGCGUGACAAUUUAAUGAACUAUACUAGGUAUAUUACUAAACGUAAUAUGAUAAUAAUUUAUCAAAUGUUAACAUUUUGAUUUAAAAUAAAUAUGUAUCUUGUAAAUUUAUAUAAUUCAGAAUAUUACAAAAAUAAAUAACAACACUAAUGUAUACACAAUUGUGAUGUGAAAUGUGAAUACUUAAUACAUAAUAUAUUAUUAAGCCCAAAUAAUGUGAUUAAUUUGCAAUAUAAUAUUAUGUUGAUUAACAAUGAAAACACUUAACUAUAAAAAUUAUUGCUACUUUAUUCUGCAUUAAAUACUAUGGCACAAUAAAAUAAAUCAUUGAGAAAAAAAUUGACCAAUAUAUUUUGAGCAACAUUUUAAUAAACAACACAAAAAUGUUUGACUAGUACAUCAUUAUUGCUAACAAAGAUUUUACAGAGUAAUAGUUGGAUAACAUGGUAUUAAAAAAA